AUGGAUGUUCGAUGCCAGGAGCUUACAGAGGAUGUCACGCUACUGGCUGAUGAGAAGUCUAAAUUAGUCGAUCAGUCUGCUAGAGACGAGUCUUUAGCUUUGAGAGUAACAACCUUGGAACGAGAUCUAGCAAAGUCUCAAGUUCGCGUGACCGAACUCGAAAAGGUAUUAUAUUUGCAACAAUUUUUCAGAGGUUUUUGUAUCCUUAUCAGAGCAUAUCCGAUUGGACGAUUCUAA